GAAACACCUCUUCAAAGGAAUAAAGGAAAUUUAAUAACAAAAAGUUGUGAGAGUGAAAGAGAAAAUGGGUUCAUAUACCUUCUUCUCUUCCAUUCUCUAUUUUUUCCUCUUAGCUACAUUGGUCACAUCUUCUCCAUUCCUAUCAUAUGACAUAUUUGAUUCUGGUGCAUCCACGGGUCGUUCCCUCUUACAAACUAAGAAAGCUUGCACGGUUGAUUUUGAGAACAAGAACUUCACAAUCCUAACAAGUCAAUGUAAAGGACCACAAUACCGUCCAAAGAUUUGUUGUGAUGCAUUAAAAGAAUUUGCUUGUCCAUUUGCUGAUAACAUUAAUGACAUGACAACAAAUUGUGCUGAAGUUAUGUUUAGUUACAUAAAUCUUUAUGGAAAAUACCCACCUGGAUUAUUUGCUAAUGAGUGCAAAGAAGGACAAUUAGGUCUUGAAUGUUCAGAUGUUAAGAAUAGUACUUCUAGUAGUGUUCUUGUGGCUGCUCCUCACUCCAUGACAAUGGUUUCAAUUAUUGGUUUUGUUGGAUUUGUUUUCCAUUUGUUUUGAAGACAAAAAAUGUGAAGAAAGAAAAAGAUUUAUUGUAAAAGUGUGAGUGAGAUGCACCUUUCAUGUGUGAUGGUGGAGAAUUUUCAUUUUAAGA